CUAGGUGUGUUUGUUUACUGGAAUAUUCUCUAUUGGCCAAGAAUGAUUAGACAAACAAUGAAUUUGUAUCCGGUGCAUAAACUCUCAGUAUGUGUAUGUGUAUAAGAUCCUGUCUCUCUGAAUUAAAGCAAGGAGGAUGCUGAUUUAUAGUGGAUAUCUCAGAACAGGCCUCCUCCUGAGAAGGGACUCGGAUUAUAACAGUGCAAUUCCUAUACUUGAAUUUUAUUCUUAGAACUAAGAAGAUGGAGUAAGAGCUAGUGAUCAGAUCAUUUCUUCCACAUCAGGCAGUAUUUCUUUAGGAACACUUUGAACUUGCACAUAUAUUAUUAAGAUGAUUGCAAACCAGCUCAGAACUGUGGUCUAACAGUUGAAAGAAAAAGACAAGGAUAUCCAUGGCCUUUCUUUGCUCUUUUCCAGAGGUGCUCUGAAAAAUGGAAUGCCAAACAGAGAUGAUGAAAAUGGUACUCAAACAGUCUGUGGGCAGGUAGUGAAUCAGAAUCGUAUUGUAGGGGGAGAAGAUGCCCCUCUGAAUGCUUGGCCAUGGCAAGCCAGCCUCCAGUACGAAGGGAAGCAUGUCUGUGGAGCGACCCUCAUCAGCUCUGAAUGGUUACUGACAGCAGCCCAUUGCUUCCCUAAGAAUGCAAAACUCUCUAAUUACCAAGCCAACCUGGGAAACUACCAGCUUUCGCAUCCAGACCCAAAUGCUGCAUGGCUGAGAUUGUCCCAAGUGGCUGUGCAUGAGAACUAUGUCAGAGAGGGAUCCAGCGGGGACAUAGCUCUGGCUCAGCUAGAGCAACCUGUCCGUUUCACCCAAAGUAUCCUUCCAGCCUGUCUCCCUGAUGCCAAAGUCCAGUUUCCAAAGGACACCCUUUGCUGGGUGACAGGGUGGGGAUCACCUGCAUAUGGAGCCACUCUGGGAGGUCCUAAAACAUUGCAGGAGGUCCAGUUGCCACUGAUAGACACCAUGACCUGUGAUGCUCUCUUUCACAUUGGUACGAAUAUUAGUCCCACCAUCAGAGAGAUCCAGGAUGACAUGUUCUGUGCUGGCUAUGCUGAGGGAAAAAAAGAUGCUUGCUUGGGUGACUCUGGAGGUCCAUUAGUCUGCCAAGAGGAUGGUGCCUGGUUUGUUGCAGGCAUUGUAAGCUGGGGUGAUCUGUGUGGCCUCUCCAACCACCCAGGAGUUUAUACCCGUGUUAGUUUUUAUCAAGACUGGAUUCAGACUCACUUCCCUCAGGUGCAAUUUGGUCUUGUGAAUGUCACUUAUUACCAAGUUACUUCAUCUCAAUCUGCCUCAAGCCAAGUCCUCAAAAAUUUCAGUUUUGUCCUGCUUCUGAUCUCCUGUUUAAUCAUCAUUUUCUGAGACAGAUUGGGAAUAGGAUGUUCUGGUGCUUUUAUUUACCAAACUCAGAUUUUAUGGGAAAAUAAGUCUUAACCAAAGUCUUCUUGCAACAGCAGCAUCUUCCACUAAAAAAGACAUUUAUGGAGAUUUAUGGAAACACCAGCAGCUUCUAUCCUUGAUGCGGCAUUAGAAGUCCAUUUCUCCCAAAUGAAUGGAUUAUGAAAUGUGGAGUUUUUUUUAAUCUUCCAUCAAGUUCGACUAUAGAAUAUUAUGGAUUUCUAGGGCAUUAGAGAUGUGGAGGAAUAUUUUAUUGGUGAGAGAGUGAAAUUUCUUCAUUUUGUUCUGUUCAUCUAACUCUCUGAAGGAGAACAAGGGCUCUCAUAUUUGUUCCUUAAAGGUGCCAUUCAUAUAAUUUCAUGAAUAUAUAUAUGGAAAUAUGGAAGAGCCACUCUAUUCAAGUCAUAUUGAAUUUUCAUAAAGGUUUCUGGGUAGUAUUUGGCUGGCACUGCUCUAACCCAACAGUUCUGUUCUGUUCUAAAUUUGAAAUGGUAGGGGAAGUGAUGUAGUAAAACAACUAAAUUAAAACUCUGUUUCAGACUAGAACUCAUCAUCUGAGGAAUAUCAUUUUGCCAUAGUGUCUACCUCUGACUUAGCCUUAGACUUGAUCGACCCAUACAGUUGAAUGAAAUUAUAGGAUCCUGAUGUUGUAGAAUGGUAGGUAGAUCAUACCACUUGAACGUGCAGGCAGGGAAGUGCUUUUGGUUAUCUUCCCACAUUUUCCCCAAAAUAAUACAUUAAGAAGGGAAAAAAUGAAAUAGAUCCGCAAUGGUUUUUACAGUAGUUGACAACUUAUUGACAUUUCUCUGGGAGUAUUAGAAAUAUUGGCAAAUAAGUGUGUGUAUCAAUCGGGAAGAAGGCUGGGCCUUCUUCCCAAUUGAUUUUAUUUUUUAAAAUCUAUGCCUGUGAUUGGAACAGAUGUUCCCUCAUCUCCUCUUUAUAUUGCAUCCUUGUUAGGAAUAAUUUAAAUAAUAACUGGAGAAAGUACUACAAAGAAACACAGAACCAAAUCUUAUUGGACUUUUGAGCAACACAUUUGGCUAAAUAUUUCUGCUAUGUUUUCUUAGCACUGGUUGUGUUUUAUGGGAAAAAUAUGUUUUUAUAAUGAGAAAAUAUGCUUUUAAGAAGAAAGUACAGAUGAACAGAAAUUUUGCCAGGUUCUUGGUAUAUUCAUGGUAAAUUCAUGUUUUCAAUUUUUUGGUGAAGAAAAUAAAUAAUUACUUUGUAAUUA